ACUUGCUGUAACAAACUCCACUAGUCCUUUAAGGGCUGAACAAGGAAUUGGAGUAAUCGAACGGUAUGCCAACCAGUACGCUGGGUUCCAGGCCGCUCUGACUUGUUUGGAGUGGCCGCUGCUGCCCGGAGGACUGCAGAAGCCCAGAGCGGUUGGCCUGCGCGCUUCCGGGGCCUGGGGAAGGGGGCGGGCUCUUAAGCCCCGCCCUGUGGGUGGAGCCACGAUCUGGACGAGCAAGGGCUGCGACAGGGCGUCAUGAAGCAGCUGCCAGUCUUGGAGCCUGGAGACAAGCCCAGGAAAGCUACAUGGUACACUUUGACUUGUCCUGGAGACAAACCCUGCCCUCGAGUUGGCCACAGCUGCUCUUAUUUGCCCCCAGUUGGUGAUGACAAGAGAGGGAAGGUCUUCAUUGUAGGGGGAGCAAAUCCGAACCAGAGCUUCUCAGAUGUGCACACUAUGGAUCUGGGAACGCAGCGGUGGGCCGCGGCCACCAGGGAAGGCCUCUUGCCUCGGUAUGAGCAUGCCAGCUUCACCCCCUCCUGCACGCCUCACUGCAUCUGGGUGUUCGGGGGUGCGGACCAGUCAGGAAACCGAAAUUGUCUGCAAGUCUUGAAUCCUGAAACCAGGACUUGGACCACGCCCGAAGUGAGCAGCCCGCCACCAUCCCCAAGAACAUUCCACACAUCAUCGGCAGCGAUCGGAAACCAGCUGUAUGUUUUUGGGGGAGGAGAGCGAGGUGCCCAGCCUGUGCAGGAUGUGAAGUUGCACGUAUUUGACGCAAACACUUUGACGUGGUCUCAGCCAGAGACACAUGGAAGCCCUCCGUCUCCCCGGCAUGGCCAUGUGAUGGUGGCAGCGGGGACAAAACUCUUCAUCCAUGGAGGCUUAGCAGGGGACAAGUUCUUUGAUGACCUCCAUUGCAUCGAUAUAAGUGACAUGAAAUGGCAGAAGCUUAGUCCCACGGGGGCUGUGCCAGCAGGCUGUGCUGCCCACGCCGCCGUGGCUGUGGGAAAGCACGUGUAUGUGUUUGGAGGAAUGACUCCCACUGGGGCACUGAACACAAUGUACAGGUAUCACACAGAAAAGCAGCAUUGGACGUCACUCCAGUUCGAUACUUUCCUACCCGCUGGCCGACUGGACCACUCCAUGUGUGUCGUUCCGUGGCCAGUGACAUCCUCCUCUGAGAAUGAAGACUUGGAGUCUGGCAUCCUCAGCUGCGAAGCUGAGGAAGGAGAUGCUGCGGACAAGCAUGGGACUCAGGGUGGUGGGUCACCUGAGGAGAGUCAGGCUAAUGUGUUGCUCUGUUUUGUGUUCGGUGGGAUGAAUACAGAAGGGGAGAUCUAUGACGAUUGCAUUGUGACUGUAGUUGACUAAUAAAACCCACAUUUUUAUUA